AUCAGAACCAAGCAACAGUGUAGAUAUGUCGUUAGACGUUCAUCUUGAUGAACCAGAUGACUUCAACUGUGUCGAACUUCACAGUUCUUUACAAACCGUUGCACUCGCCAAAGGCAUACAAGAUUUUGAAUACCAUGUAGAUUGUAUCAGUGGGAAAAGAGCUAACUACAUAGCAAACGUGUUUCGUGUGGAAAUCGCUGAAACUGAUAGUGACGACAAUAACAUCAGUGUUAUUAUAAAAACUUUAGUGAACACAGAAAGACAAGUGCUAUACCACAAGUUACAUGAAAGAGAAGUCGUAGCCUACCACAAAGUCAUAAGCAAGUUUAAAGAUAUACAAAAUGUUUUAUACGAACACGAACGGUUGGAACUGUCAGAAUGUUUAUAUUCAAACACAGAAAACUCCAGGGAAAUAAUCAUUUUGGAGGACUUAACAACAAAAGGAUACGACGUAGAUGGGAAAUUGGCGAAAUAUGAAAAUCUUGGAAUCAAAGAAAUCAGUGUGGUACUUGCGGAAUUGGCGAAAUUCCACGCUUUAUCGUUUGUGUUUCAAUGUAAAGAACCGAUGGUAUUCAAGGAAAUUAGUACUGAGUUCCACGAUCUGUUGUAUCAAAACCAUUUUCUGAAUAAAACGAAAUUGAGGGAUUACUUCUUUGAGUCAUUUGAAAUGUCUUUGAAACUUGUGACCGAUGAAGAUGCGAAGGAAAAACUGGAGAUUGUGAAAAGCAAACUUUUGCAGCUACUACAAAUGUAUGUGAAACCGAGGAAAACGAAUGUAUUUUGUCAUGGGGACUGCUGGGUCAAUAAUAUGUUGUUUAAGCACGAGGCUGGUAAAGUAUGUUUCAUAGACUUCCAAGCGAUGAGAUACGCCAACCCAGUCACCGACAUCAUGUACUUUCUCUUCAUAUGCACCGACUCCCAAUUCAGAUCUGAACAUUUUGAUCUCCUAACAACAAUUUACUAUGACAAUCUAAAAGUGUUCUUAAACAAAUUCGACGUUAAGGCUGAUGAUGUUUAUAAAAGGGAAGAUUUUAAUGCAGAUAUUGAAGAAUUUCGACCCUAUGGACUGUUGAUUGCUAUGGUUGAACUUCGAAUUGUCACAAUGGCUGCUGAAGAUGAAUCGAUAUUCAAAGGAUCGAGGUUGGAUUUGAGUAUAGAGCCUACAGAUGUUCCAGAAGAUAAUGAAUUGCAUAAGAUCAGGGUGAAUGAUGUUGUCAAGGAGGCAGUUGAUAAUGGUGUACUGGAUAAGCUUAUAGAGAAAAUAAAAAUUUGAUAUUAUUUUUACUUUU